AUAUAUAUCUAAAAUUCCUAAAUUUAGCAACAAAACACAAAAAAACACCUACUCCGCUUUCAUUUGCGGAUCCAAUCUUCUCCUUCCAGUUGCCCAAUUCUCACUCCUCUCUCUUAGAUUCCAUCCCAAUCUUCUCCUUCUUACCCAUUUCACUCUUCUUUCAACCCACCCUAAAUUCUUGCUAAUUCGAUGCAAAAAUCGUUAAACAGGACCCUCGUUUGUCUAUCGCUAUGCAUUCCUCUACUCUUCGGCUCCUUGCUCCUUGCCGGAACCCUCGACUACAAGUCCCAGUUCCUCUCCUUCAUCCCCCAGCUCAACAACGUCGCCUCCUGCCGCAGCGGAUCACCUCCGCUCCGGGUUUACAUGUACGAUUUGCCGCCACGCUUCAAUGUCGGAUUAAUGGACCCCAAUUUUCCUGAUAAUGCUCUGGUGACUGCGGAGAAUAUUCCGGCCUGGAGGUGGAAUGAUGGGCUCCGGAAGCAGCACAGUGUGGAGUACUGGAUGAUGGCUUCGCUUUUGUACGAGGGGAGUGAUGAGUUCGGGUUGACCAGGGAGGCGGUUCGGGUCUCCGAUCCGGAUUCCGCUGACGUGUUUUUUGUUCCGUUCUUUUCGUCGCUUAGUUUCAAUGUUCAUGUUCGGAAUAUGGCGGAGUCGAAUACUGUUGACGAGAAGUUGCAGCUCGAGAUGGUAAAUAUAUUAAAAGCCUCAGCUUAUUGGAAAAGGUCUGGCGGAAGAGACCAUGUAAUCCCCGUGCAUCAUCCAAAUGCUUUCAGACAUUAUCGUGAUGAAAUUAAUGCUUCUAUAUUCAUUGUUGCUGAUUUUGGCCGCAUAAUGAACAUUUCUAGACUGGCAAAGGAUGUCGUUGCCCCUUAUGUUCACAUGGUAGAAUCAUAUAUCAGUGGUGAACCUGAAGAUCCAUAUGAGUCGCGUGAUACACUUCUCUUCUUCCGUGGGAGGACUAAGAGGAAAGAUGAGGGAAAAAUUCGUGCACAACUACAUAAGAUGUUAAAUGGAACGAAGGAUGUCAUAUAUGAGGAGGCUUAUGCUUCAGAAGAAGGCUUCAAAGCGUCUGCUGAACAAAUGCGUUCGUCAAAGUUUUGUCUCCAUCCGGCGGGUGAUACUCCAUCAUCUUGCCGUCUAUUUGAUGCUAUUGUCAGCCACUGUGUUCCCGUUAUUGUGAGUGACAGAAUUGAGCUACCCUUUGAAAGUGAAAUAGACUACAAGGAGUUCUCCAUUUUCUUCUCAGUUCACGAGGCACUGAAACCAGGCUACUUGGUCAGUCUGCUCAGAGGGUUUCCAAAAGAGAAAUGGGUUAAGAUGUGGGAGCGAAUUAAAAGCAUUUCUCACCACUUUGAAUUCCAGUAUCCUCCAAAGAACGAAGAUGCAGUUAAUAUGAUUUGGAGGCAGGUGAGGCAGAAAGUUCCUGCAGUUAAGCUUGCUGUACACCGGAGUAGGAGGCUGAAAAUACCAGAUUGGUGGAGAUAAUCUUCUGGGGCCUUUUUUGUAAUUUUAUACAUUCAUAUUCAUUCUUUGGAGCAGCCGUUGGAACAUAAUAAGAUGUAAUACAUCAUCAUGAGUAAACAGGAAGACUUACACAGUCAA